GCUGUUUCUGGGAGAGAAUCUGAUCCAUCUUAUCAUGUGUGGUUCAUCAGCCCCACCUGUCUUCUCUCUUCAUCUACACUGAUGGACUGUGUGAGAACAGAUACUGGGACCAGAGGCUCCACCCUGUCCCUCACCUGUUCAGACUCUGUCAGACUGGUCCAUGGUUCCAGUCUGUGUUCAGGCAGACUGGAGGUCCGGUCCAACCAGUCCUGGUCCUCAGUGUGUGAAGAGGAUUUGGACCUUAACGAUACCCAGGUGGUCUGUAGGGAGCUGGGCUGUGGGGCUCCUGGGCUCCUCCAGGGGGGGCUCUAUGGAGAGGGGGAGGCUCCAGUCUGGACCAGUGAGCUCCAGUGUGAAGGAAAUGAGUCUGCUGUCCUGGACUGUAGAAGGUCCAGCUCCGCUGGGAAGACCUGCUCACCUGGAACAGCUGCUGGACUCACCUGUUCAGAUCCAGGUGGUGUCAGGUUGGUGGGACAGCCGAGCCGCUGUGCUGGUACUUUGGAGAUCCAACACCAGGGACACUGGAGACCAGUAGAAGAUGAGUAUAAACUCUGGGACCUGAAGUCUGGAUCUGCUGUGUGUCAACAUCUGGACUGUGGAUCAGCUGUUUCAGUCAACAGAACAGAUAAUUCUACAGACAGACCUGUGUGGGUGGUGUCCGUUCCUUGUGUAAAGCUGACAUCUGGACUGAGGGACUGUGUUGGACUAGAUGAUUUCUAUAAACACUCAUCUGGUGUGGACGUGGUGUGUUCAGAUCUGCUGCCUCAGCCCAACAUCUCCCUGUCUGACGGGGUCUUUGAGGUCUACCAGCAGGGGUUCAGGGUGCUCAUUGGCUCCGAAUUCACCAUCACAUGCUCCGUCCAACCACAGUACCCAGGAGGCUCCUUCCAGCUGAUCUCCGACACCAAGGAGCCGCUGAACCUCACCCAGCCAGCUGUCAAUCACUCCGCCCACUUCCUGUUGUCUGCCAUGGGCUACGCCCACCGGGUCAUGUUGGAUCAGUAG